UCUGUCGUCUUCCCUGCAAUUCCCAACCGGAACUCAUCGUCUCUGUUAUAUUCUUUAAGAAAGAGUUUCUGGGUCAACGUAAAAUGUCCGAAGAAACGCCUGUGGAAGUAAAGGAAGAUAAAUCAGAGAUUGCUUCAUUCAAUCUUACUAAAAAGAAAAAGAAGAAGAAGAAGAAGGUGCAGCCUGAGGAUAAAGCUGACGAGUUUGUGGAUAAUUUGGCUGACCAAACAGAGAACUUUACAAUUAAUGAUGGAGCAGAAAGUUCCACUUUUGGCCUAAAGAAGAAGAAGAAGAAGAGACCUGUGAAACUUAAUUUCUUCAAUGACGAAAAUGUCGGUCCAGAAUCGGAUUCUGAUGGUGAGGAAGGAGGGGAAGAGGUUGCCCUGUCUCAAAAUCCUUGGGAAGGAACUGAUAGAGAUUAUAGAUAUGAAGAGCUUCUAAGUAGAAUGUUCAAUAUGCUCCGUGAGAACAAUCCCGAGCUUGCGGGAGAUAGGCGCAGGACUGUUAUGAGACCUCCACAAAUUCUUCUAGAAGGCACAAAGAAGACUGUUUUUGUUAAUUUUAUGGAUCUUUGUAAAACGAUGCAUAGGCAGGCAGAGGAUGUCAUGACCUUCUUGCUGGCUGAAAUGGGGACAAGCGGAUCUCUUGAUGGGCAGCAGCGAUUGGUAGUGAAGGGCAGAUUUCCUCCUAAAAACUUUGAAGGGAUUCUGCAUAGAUACAUAAAUGAAUAUGUAAUAUGUAAUGACUGCAGAAGUCCAGAUACAAUUCUGACAAAGGAGAAUCGUCGUUUCUUUCUCGGUUGUGAGCAGUGUGGUUCUGUCCGGUCUGUAGCUCCCAUAAAGACUGGGUUUGUUGCAAGGGUUGGACGUCGAAAUGCAGGGACAUGAACAAUUUUCACUGCUCUUGUUCUCAUGAGCCUUUUGUAACUUAUGAAGUUGAAAUUCUGUAUACUUAUGUUCCAUGAAAAUACUCAUUUUGACCUUGACUCUCCCUUCUUGUUGAUUUUAUCCGCUAAGUUAGAAUUUGUCUUAAACUUUAUGAAUCUAGCGAGGUUUUGUGUAGUGAUUAAACUGGUGGAUGAGGUUCUGGGAACUUUUCUUUGGAAAGGGAGCAGUGAAUUUUCCUAGGAAGUUUCAGUAAUGUAUCUAGUUCUCUCUGUUUAUGAGUUCAUGGACAUGCAUUCUGUCUAUGGCAUAGUAUUUGAGAUUAAGAGAUCCAGGGACCAAUAUAUAUACUGGAAUAAUUCUUUUUUGGUGAAAUUAAGAAAUACAAAAUACUU